AUGACACAAGAAGAUUUUGAUUCAACUGCUUCUGAAAGUUCUGACUAUAGUUUUGAACAAUCUUUAGAAAAUAGAAUAGAACUUAAGGAAGGUGAUUCCUAUACUUCUCAUGAUGCUUUUGUUAUAGCAGUUAAAACUUAUGCAAAACAGCAAGGUUUUAAGGUUCGUCUAGGAAAAUAUGAAAAAAAUGCAGCAGGAGAAAUUCGUAAAAGAACAAUAGUAUGCAGUCGAGAAGGUACUUCUGGUUCUAAGAGAUCAAUUCCAUUAGAAGUACAACAAAAAAUUAUGCUUCUUCGACGUGCUGGAUGUAAUAUUCCAACAAUUUGUGCAAUUUUAAAGGAAGAAUUUGAUGGUAUUAUUACAUGGAUGUAUAAUGAUUUAUAUAAUUUUAUAUAUCAACAAGAGGAAACAGAAGAAAAACGGGAGUUAGAUGCUAAUAAUUUUACUUUUUAUAAGUGUCUUGAUGAAUACGAAGAAGAUAACUUCAUGAAAAAAUGGGAACAAUUAAAGGCAGAUUAUCCUAAAGCGGUUAAAUAUUUACUAAAAAUGGACAAAAAUCUAAAACAGUCUAUGAAUAAUCUUAUGAAAGGAUAUAUGGAUGCAAUGACUUCUCUAACAGUUUUUUUAAAAGCUUUUGAAUCAGCAUUAGAACAAAGACAAGAAGCUGCUGAGUUUAUAAAGUAUCAAGAAAACAAUGAAAUUAUUAACUUAGUAACUUCGAGUCCAUAUGAAAAACAAUAA